ACGGAAAGAAUCCGUCUCUCGUUGCGGGGACGGGGUACAGGGUACAGAGGGUGAAAAGGGAAAGUAGAGGAAAGAAUCCACGAGGGAGGGAGGCGGCCGCGCCGGUGCCGGAGGAGGAGAAGAGAGCAAUCCAGGGCGGCCGCCGUCAGGCGCUCAGAAUUAGGUUAAUCUAAACAAGAAAACACUCUGACAAGAUGAGCGACAAUCUGAUGGAUAAAGUCAAUGCCCUUGGUGAGCGGCUCAAGAUAAGUGGGGCUGAAGUCAGCCGGAAGAUGUCAGUUGGCGUCAGCAGCAUGAGUUUCAAGAUGAAGGAGUUCUUCCAGGGCCAGAACAUGGCAGACAAAAUUGUUGAUGAAGCCACGUUGGAGACCAUGGACGCGCCAGACUGGGCUACCAACCUUGAGAUAUGUGACAUGGUCAACACAGAGAGGGUCAACAGCGUUGAAGUGAUUCGUGCCGUCAAGAGAAGGAUUAUGUUGAAGAAUCCUCGGGUGCAGUAUCUAUCUCUUGUUCUACUCGAGACCAUUGUGAAAAACUGCGACAAGGCUUUCUCUGAGAUUGCUGCUGAGCGGGUGCUUGAUGAAAUGGUAAAACUGAUUGAUGAUCCCCAGACUAUAGUGAACAACAGAAACAAGGCUCUUAUGCUCAUUGAAGCAUGGGGAGAAUCUGGAGAUGAUCUCCGCUACCUUCCUGUGUAUGAAGAAACUUACAAGAGCUUAAGAUCUAGGGGAAUUCGCUUCCCUGGGCGUGAUGACGAGAGCCUAGCACCAAUAUUUACUCCACCCCGUUCAGUGCCUGCAGUGGAACCAUAUUCUGAGGCAGCACAAGAAGGGUAUCAAGAAAUUCCAGACGAGAGUUUUGUUCCAGCUCGCACUGUUCCUGCUGUGCAAGUAAAUGAGGCUUUUGAGGUGGCUCGUAAUAGUGUCGAACUUCUUUCCACAGUGCUAUCUUCUUCUCCUCAAAAAGAGGUUCUACAGGACGACUUGACAACCACUCUUGUUCAACAAUGCCAACAAUGUCAGUACACUAUCCAGAGAAUUGUUGAAACGGCUGGUGAUAAUGAGGCUCAGCUCUUCGAGGCAUUGAGCAUCCAUGAGGAACUACAGAAGGUCCUGGCCAAGUACGAAGAACUCAAGGAACCAGUUCAUUUUGAGCCAGAGCCAGAGCCCGCAAUGAUUCCAGUUACCGUGGAGCCUGAGGAAUCCGCCCGCGCUGUGAGUAAAGAAGAUGCCCAUGUAAAGAAACCAGGUAGUUCUGGAGAUCGGCCAGGUGGGGAUGACUUGCUCCAGGAUCUCGAUGACAUGAUAUUUGGUAAGAAAGGUGGCACCUCGUCGCAGUGGGACACAACUCCCAAAAAGGACCAGAAGGAUGACUUCAUCACCUUCUGACUGCUAGAUAUUGUGGUUUUGCCUAAUUUCCAUCUGUUAGUUGUUGCAGAUCUGUGACAUGCCUGUCAUUGCCAGUGCUUUUUCAUAUGGGGGUUACUGGAUCAUGAGUUGCUUGCUUGCUGUACAUGAAUGGAUGUAGCGUUUGCAUAAUGUAAUAGACUGGUUAGAUACUGGCUUAUGAGUUCCCAUACUGGAUUCAGAAGCUGUGCGUUAGACAUGCAUAUACUUGAUAUGCUUGGUAGAUGAUUUGGAUGCUGAA